ACUCAAUUCUAGCACAGUUCGCUUGGGUUCAGAGUUCAAACAACAACAGCUUAGCUGAGAUCAACAACUUUCCUUUGCAACAGCACCAUGGUCCUAAAGAUUUCCACAGCAUUUGCCUUACUGGCCUGUGUGAUCGUCCAGGCAGCUCCUUUUCAUGGCGGCGCCACUAGUCACGCUUCUGUGCACUUGGUUUCCCAUGAUGAUCACCAUGGUCACCACGGACACGGUCAUGAGGAGGCAGCCCACCAUUACCAUGGACACCAUCACGACGAUCACCAUGACUCGCAUGCUGAAUACAAUUUCAAGUAUGGCGUCAAGGACCACAAAACGGGCGAUGUCAAGGAGCACACGGAAUAUCGCGAUGGACACAAGGUGACUGGACACUAUGAGUUGAUCGACGCCGAUGGUCACAAGCGUACUGUCCACUAUACCGCCGACAAGCACAAGGGUUUUGAGGCCCAGGUGCACCGCGAGAAACUGCAUCACUAUGUUGCCGAUCACCAUGCUCAUGGCCACAGCGGCUACGAAGGUGGCCAUGUGGAGUUUGAGGAGCACUCAGGACACUCUGGCCACGAGGAGCAUCACUCACAUGGUCAUGAACACGGCCACCAUGGCUCCAGCUCUCACAGCUUCUCAUUGAAGCAAGAGCACGGGCAUGGACACGAACAUGGUCACGAUCACCACGCCUAUGAACACGAUGCAGGUCACGAUGCUGGACACGAUGCUGGUGGCUACGAAGCUGGCCACGAUGCUGGAUACGAACAUGGUGGAUACUCUGGACAUGAGCACAGCUACCAUUGA